UCAUUGCAUAUUAUACGAUUUAAAAUGAAUAAAACUAUUCGUAGUAGUGGCAGAGUAGUGAUUUAUCACGUCUUUUUGCGGUGUUUGGCCGAAUCGCAAGCGGGACAAGUUUUGUCCGAUAUCGAGGAUGUUUAUCAAAGAACUGCUGAUAUGACAGGUAAAUCUGUCAACACAGUAAGAAAAAUUGUUGAGGAAGGUGAAAAAAAUAAUGGCAUUUUUUCAACACCGGGAAAAAAUCGCAAAGGUCGCCCGAAGAAAGAUUUAGAUAAUUUCGAUUUAUGUGCAAUUAGACAAAAGGUUCACUUCUUUUACUCAGUGAAAAAGCAGGUGCCUACACUGAGAAAUUUACUGCCGGUAGUGAGAGAGGACUUGGGUUAUGAUGGAAGCCGUGAACAUCUCAGAAAAAUAUUACACUCUCUGGGUUUUUCAUAUAAGAAAUGUAAAACAGACAGAUCUGCUCUAAUAGAGAAACCAAACAUAGCAGCAAAGCGGGAGCAAUAUUUGAAAAUUAUUAUGGAGAACAGAAACCUGCCUCUAGAACUACAAAAAGAAAUAAUAUAUUUAGAUGAAAGCUAUAUUCAUUCAUCAUACAAGCUGAAAAAAUGUUGGCAAUCAGUUGAUGUCAGCGGAGUGAAACACAACAUAUCAAAAGGCAAGAGAUAUAUAAUCGUACAUGCGGGGAGUGAGAAAGGAUUUGUUCCAAAUGCCCUUUUGAUUUUCAGUGGCACAAACAAAAAUGAUGACUAUCACUCAGAAAUGAAUAAAUAUAACUUUACAAAAUGGGUCACUGAAAAAUUAAUCCCCAACCUAAGGGAACCUUCCAUCAUUGUGAUGGACAAUGCUCCAUACCAUUCGGUUGUCUUGAACAAGGCACCAACUAGUAUUUCAAAGGUUGCUGAGAUAAAGUUAUGGUUAUUGGAAAACAAUAUAACUUUUGAGGACUCUCUCCGUAAACCUCAAUUAUUAAUGCUUGUGAAGCAGCAUAAACCAGAGCCUAUUUAUGAAAUUGACCAUAUUUUAGGAGAUCAUGGUCACACUGUGGUACGCCUUCCACCUUAUCACUGUGACCUGAAUCCUAUAGAGUUGAUAUGGGGAAUUGCAAAGCAUAAAAUUGCUUCGGUCAAUGUUGGAUCCAGUGAUAUAAAGGUGGCUGCUGAACAAGCAUUUUCAGACAUUACUGCCGAAGACUGGAAGAACUCAUGCAAGCAUGUAAUGAAAAUAGAAAAAGAAUAUUAUGACAGAGGUGCCAUUAUGUACGAACAGAUGGAACAACUAGUCAUAAAUCUAAGAGAUGACAGUAGUAGUGAUUCAGAAUUAGAAUAUUCCAGCGAUUCUGAAGGUGCAGGAAGCUCAAGCCAAAAUGUGAGCUUUUCUGGCAUUGAAUAUUUAGAUGAAAGUGUUUUUGAUUCAUCUGAUUGAAUUGAUUGAUAUUAAAAUAAAACUUCAAACAAAA